CGAGAUUUUGUUCAUGGUGAGACCAUGGGGUCAAUGAGCUGAUACACACAGCAUACCGGUCACCAGAUAUUUGAUGUAUAAAUUAUCAAGAGCGAUAAACUUAUAAACAGACAGAGCGAUUGUAAACAACAGCUAAGCAGAAAUUCUUGUAAAAUAUGGGUCUACUCUUGAGAGGGACGGUGCUCUUCAUGAUCGGCAACUUCUUUGCCGUGUUCAUGAACCUGCUGCAGAUAAAUCGUCAAGGCAACGUGUCGCUGAAGAUGCCACCAGAGCUUCUAGAGAACCUCUUCCUAAAGGAAUGGUGGGUUCCACCCAUGUGUGGAGCAGCUGCAGUGUUGAUCGGACUUCUGUAUCCAUGCCUAGAUCGUCACCUGUCAAUCAGCAACCCCGACUCCCACAAAGGGGAGUGGUCUAAGGUCAUGAGAUGUAUCGCCGUAUUCGUCGGAAUCAAUCACGCCAGUGCUAAACUGGACUUUGUGAACAACAUGCAGCUCUCGAUGACCCUGGCAGCCAUGUCUAUAGGACUGUGGUGGCUGUUUGACCGCUCCCCCUGUGGAUUCGGCCUGGGGGUGGGGAUUGCAGUCCUGGCCACUCUAGUCACACAGCUUCUAGUCUAUAAUGGUGUAUACAACUAUUCCAAAGCAGAGUUCCUGUUCGUGAGGUCAUGGUUGCCAUGCAUAUUCUUCUCAGGGGGUGUGACAAUGGGAAACAUCGGCCGACAGCUCGCAUUGUAUGAUGAAAGUCCAGCAUCUCCUACCAAGCCAAAGACUGAUUGAAGAGUCUGUGAUGUGCAGUUAACUUAUGGUUUUUACUCCAAAAAAAAAAGAUUGACUUGAUACCUCAGUGAACAAAGAAAAUCAUCAUGGAUUAGUUUAUAGCAAAGACUGUGAUAUUUGUCAAACAGAGUAUUGAAUCAUAGAGUAUUGAAUCCAGAUGGCACAAAACCUUGCACCGGUUUGGUCUGCCAAGAGCAGUAACUCCUGUGAUCCAGGUUAUGAAGUGAUGGAAGAGUUAUUGUUCUUUCUGUGUCAGCCGUGUCACUGUUGUAAAUACGUCGGUAUGAAGGUCGUUUGUGGUGUGGUGCUCGGAGCUAAAAUUAGUCAGCAGUCGAAGACCAAGAGUAAACUUGCAGGUUUACCUCCAUAAUCAAAGAUGUUGACUCAAGUCCAGUAAUUUCGCACAUACAUAUAGCACUUAGUGAUGACUUGAACUUGAAGUGAUAACAUAGCUAAGGUGAUUUUACAACAUAGCUGUUUUUGACCACAACAGGCAUAUGCAAGAGUAUCAUUUUUUUUAAACUAUGUAUUUUGAGCAAAGAUAGCUAAAGAAAUACAUAAUAUGGGAUGUGUUCAUUAUUUUAAAACAAAGUUUGUGUGAUUAAAAUGUUAGUGAGGAGUGAUAAAAUUGAAUGUUUUAAUUUUUUUUUUAAAUUGAAAACUGUUGAGUAUUCAAAAACAAAGAUGGGGUGGGGAAGAGGGGUCUACAAGAUUGUUCUCCUACCUCUAAGCAAAUCUUCAAUAGAAGUAAUUUUGUGGACAUACUGUUUUCAUUAUUAUCAGUACAGUAAAAUUUGCCAGGGGCAGACGAUUUUGCUUCCUUGCAUGCGCAAAAAUUGAGCCAUAUGGAGAUAGGUUUGAUGACAUGAUGGGUUGGGGUUACCACUAAGUUAAUGAAUUUGGGUCCUCAUUCUUUCAGCAAUGCAACAUCUCAUCAUAGCAUCUCAAGAAAAGAUAAUGAAGAAAAAGUUUUAUGUUUAUUGUCAUGAUUGUAAUUUUGAAGUAAAAAUAUAAGCAUUUUUUAUGUUUAAGUCAGUGGGUUGGUUGAUUGGCAGUUCGUUUUGGAAUUUUCUUUGAAGAUAAAUGAAAAAAAAAAAAAACAUUGACCAUGUUGACAUGUGAAUGGAAUUGAUUCAUGUGUACAUCAACUGUGAGAAUGGAGAAUAAUGUUUGUUUUGAGAAUCUGAAUGUUAACAAUAUAUAGUGUACAUGCAGGAUGAGAGUAUUGAGAAUCUAAAUGUUCAAUAGGGAAAGCAUUAAUGUUUAAAGAAUCUGAAUUUCAGGAAAAACAUGUGAGAAUCUAAGGAUUUAAUGAAUGAACGUUAAGAGUUAAUUACCUGUUUUUCAUCAUGUCAUUUUCAGGUGCUCAUGUCUCAUGAAGUAAUGUGAUUUAUUGUUGUGUUGAUUGUUGGUAUUAUUUUUCAAAAGGGAUUAUUUUAUUUUUUUGAUGACAAAAAACCUGCGUGUGUGUGUAUAUAUCAGAGAGAGAGAGAGAGAGAGAGAGAGAUGUUAUACUGUAUGAUAUGAUCUGAGAAAUACUUCCUGUGACUUUUUCGUAAUGAUCAAUAUUUUUUAGGGUGAUUUCAUUACAUAGUUGUUGCAUCAACAACACAACUGAAAAGCUCUUAUAAUACGUGUAAAUUAUUGCUUUAAGAAACAUGUAAUGAGCCCAGAAAUAGAGAGGGUGUGUAAGGAAGGGUUUUGUGUGUACACGUGUACAUAACAAGUAUGCCACAAAACAAGUUUGUUGUCUCUUUUCUCUUGGGACAAAAAAGAAUUAAGAGAAUCAAAGUGGGGUUACUUUAUUUUUUGUCUCUUUGUUUGUACACAAAAGUACAAUAUGUUUUUAAUUGUAUAUACGGGUUUUGUAAUCUUGCUGUUAAAAAGCAAUAAUUGAGUUGAAGAAUAUUGAUUGUUUGUUUGUUUUAUCAUACUGUGUAGAAAACAAAAAAUGGCAAUAAAAUUACUAAAAUUAUGAAAA